AUGCACCGCCUGCCAGAGUCGGCGGAGAUGACUUGGCUCUGGGAGAAGGAGGGAGGUGCGGAUGGGGUUCACCUGAAACCUCCGCAGCCCCUCGGACGAUUGACUGUGGGCAACGGUCUGCAGAGGAGAUGUGGCUCCGGGAGAAGGACGGAGGUGGGGGUGGGGGUCUCCUAUAACCUCUUCAGCCCCUCGGACGACCGACUUUCCGGCGGUUGGAAGAUUCCCGAGACUUGUAUUGUAGAGUAUCACUGCAACACAAAGCAUCCGGGCUGGAUACAAGGUUCACAUCCCACCGUGGGCCAGGGCGUGGUGCAGAGGACAGUUUGUUUCACCAACAGCGUCACUGGCUGCCAGGAGACUCAGGAUAUCAAGGUUAAAAACUGCACCGAUUUCAUUGUAUAUGAGCUGAAGCCAACGUACGGAGAUAACCGUAUUUAUUGCACAGACCCCCUGUCGGUUGUGACAUCUACCAGCGCUAAGCCAACGUACAAUGCGCCCACCGAAACUCCGUCUCAUUCGGAAAAAGGUGAGGAGGAGCAGUGGUUUCAGGUGCAUGUCACCGCGAAGGACGACAUGGAUGAGGAUCUCUUGAGGGAAGCCGUUCAGGAGAAGCUCCGGAUGAUGUACGGGGACCCGGAUCUGCAGAUCGCCGAGUUGCCGGAAGGGGGCCAAUGCGUGCGUAAGGACGACAAUGACUGAACGCCACCGAGAUCCGGGCUCGUUC